AUGGCGGCGAGUGGGCCUGCGGGGAACCAGAGCUCCGUGGACCCCGGCCUCUGGAACGGGUCCUCGGUGGCAGGCUUUGACCUGGGGGACAGCGGAGGCUUGGUGCCGUCAGAAGUUUCGUUCGGCACGAGGACGUUCGUCGCUGCCGUCUACGUGGUGGUCGGUGUGGUGGGACUCCUGGGAAACGCGCUGGUGGUGCGCCUGAUCUGGGCCCGCAGGGGGUCCCCCACGUCGGCCGUCAACGUGCUCGUCUUCGGCCUGGCGGUGGCCGACUUCCAGGUCUCCCUGACGCUGCCCUUCUGGGCCGUGGAGGUGGCCCUGGAUUUCCACUGGCCGUUUGGCCGGCUCCUGUGCAAGGCGAUCCCCUUCGUGACGGUCCUGAACGUUCACGCCAACAUCUUCCUGCUCACCGCCGUGAGUGUCGCACGCUACUGGUCGGUGGCUUCGGCCCUCAAGGACGGGGCCAGAAUGACCCCUCGCGUGGCCAGGGGCAUCACCGUGGCGCUUUGGGCCGUGGCGCUGGGGGCCACCCUCCCCACCCUCAUCUACGCAACGUUGGUGGAAGUCGCGGGACUGAGCUUAUGCCUCAUCCAGUUCCCCACGACCUUCCGCCUGGGCAUCUAUCAGCUCCAGAGGGUGGUGUUCACCUUCGCGGUCCCGCUGGCAAUCAUCCUGACCUCCUACCUGCUCCUGCUCCGCUUCCUCCGGACGCGCCACCUCGGCGACGGCUGUGCCAGGAGGCGGCGGCGUGUGUCCUCCAUCGUCCACCUGCUGGUGAGCUGCUUCUUCGUGUGCUGGGUCCCCAACCAGGUGGUGACCUUCUGGGGGAUCCUGGUCAAGUUCCAGGCCCUGCCCCUGAGCAGAGCCUUCUACCUGCUCCACACGUAUGUCUUUCCCUUCACGAUCUGCUUGGCUCACGCCAACAGCUGCCUGAAUCCCAUCCUUUACUGCCUGAUGCGGCGCGAGUUCAGGGACGCGAUGAAGGAAACCUUUCGGAAACUCUCCCCAGUGACUUCCCGCUAUCGCUACUUUUCUUCCCAUAAAUCCCUGGAGGAGGGCGCCUUCGUGGCGCUGCCCAUGAGCCUCUCCGAGAACCCCAGUGACCCUCUGAGCGGAGGGAAGGAAGAUGGCACCUUCUGCACCACGACGGAACCGAGAAUCGGGGAACCCGUCCUGGGUGCCGAGGCCGGAAGGAGCCCCCAGGUGGAGAAGCCGGCAGGGCCCCAAACCCCGCGGAGGCCUGCAUAG